GAAAUAACUGUUUUACAUUUAGUCAAGGUACUUCAUGUGUUCGUGGCAACUGAAGGGAUAUCCUCGGUUGGCCCAUUUUCUCAUCUAAACCAAUGGCGCACAAGUUCGUACUUAGUAUUGCAGACUACAUCGUCAUCACCAUCAUAUUGAUCAUUUCUGCAGGCAUUGGUGUGUACUUCCGAUUUUCUGGAGGACGCCAGAGCACGAAUGAGGAGUACUUGCUGGCCGGACGGGACAUGCCAAUCUUCCCCGUAGCUUUCAGUUUGAUGGCAACUUUCAUGUCAGCAACUACCCUGAUGGGAAUACCUGCAGAGAUGUACUUGUUCGGCACACACAUGGCUUUCAUGAACAUAGGAUUUGUUUUGGGACCUAUACUGGCUUCCUGGUUAUUCCUCCCUAUAUAUUUCGAUAUUGGAGCUUCUACUGCUUUUGAGUACUUGGAAAAUCGAUUUGGGAAAUCUAUACGGAGAAUCUUAUCAACAAUUUUCCUUUUUCAAUGUGUUCUUUUCUCUGCUGUAAGCCUUUACGCUCCAGCUAUUGCACUAAGUGCUGUUACAAGUCUUCCAUUGUGGCUGGCUAUAACAUCUGUCGGCGUUGUUUGCACAUUUUAUUGCACUUUUGGUGGAAUAAAAGCAGUCCUGUGGACUGACGUCUUUCAAGCUAUACUUAUGUUUGUGGGCAUUUUGGUGAUAAUUGUCCGAGGAUGUAUGGAUGUGGGAGGAUUUAGCAACGUUUUCAAAAUUGCCAACAUUGGAGGAAGAUUAACUGUUCCUAGUUUAACUAUCGACAUCAGUGAAAGAUAUACCAUGCUCAGUGUCUUAAUACAAGGUCUGGUCAUUACCCUAGCAAGUUAUGGUUGUAGCCAAGUCCAAGUUCAAAGAUUGCUAACAGUCAAAAAUUUUAGACAUUCCGUCGCAGCUGCUGUAUUCAGUAUACCUAUGAUUAGUGGUUUCCAAUUGGCAUGUUGUCUCUGUGGGCUAAUCUUCUACGCAGUGUAUCGCUUCUGUGACCCUUUGUCAUCAGCAGAGAAACCACUUCACUCAGCUGAUCAACUCAUGCCGUAUUACAUCACUAAUGCGUUGAAAGAUCUUCCUGGACUUCCUGGUUUGUGCAUUGCUGGCAUUUUCAGUGCAUCACUAAGUACUGUCUCAUCAUCGGUAAAUGCGAUGGCUGCUGUUAUUGUGGAGGACUUUAUACGACCCAUUCGUCCCAAAUAUGCCAGUUCUGUCCUAUUGUCUAAAUUUCUUACUUUUUUCUUCGGAGUUCUGUGCGUUUUACUUUCUUUCAUGGGAGGAGUUUUAGGACACCUUGUGAAAACAACAGUGUUGGUGGUUGGCCUGUUUUAUGGAGUUACAUUAGCUAUAUAUCUACUUGCUUCGCUGUCUACUGUGACGAACGAAAAGGGUGCUAUCUUUGGAGUACUGGUUGGAACUUGUUUCGGAGUGUACUUGAGUGUCAUUUCAAGUCAGACAGUGCACGAAAUUUUACCCAUGUCCAACGAAUGUCCUUUGCAAAAUCAAACACACAAUUUAGACACAGCUUCUUCGCUCAGUGAGCCCUCAAUGACAGAAUACACAUUGAAUUCUACACUGCCGUCCUUUAAUUCAUCUAUUUUUGAGAUGAAAACAUCAACAAAUACCCUAUCGUACAUGUGGAUAACGCCCAUUUCUUUUGUUGUAUCCCUUACUACUGGAUACGUUUCCAGUCUUAUCUUCGCCCUUAUUCAAGAUGAGCCCCAAGAUGUUCCUACGAUUCACUUAAGUCCCAUCAGAAGAAGAUUUUGCAAGGACAAAAUGAAGGUUGAAGCAGAGCAAAAAAUCAACCAACAAACAACUGAAUUAAACGAAAUAACUGCCAAAAUAACAAAUGCUUGAAAUGCUAUACUUCAAAUCACAUCUACAUCUUAGAUAAGUAAGAAAUAAACUAUGAACGACCAUAAAUAUAUAUGCAUAUUUAUAAACCAUUCCAUCACCUGGAUCAUACUUCUUUGUGAUUUGAAGUCUCAGUGGUACAAUUAAAGUGCUCUUGUUUCUGU